AUGGCAAUUCGGGCUCCGCAGAAUAAGAGGCUUUAUGUUGCCGUUGCUUCAGCCAUCGCUGUCCUUUUUCUAUACUUUAUUUUAGGCAGCACUUCCCUGGACAAAACAGUGGUGUACGUGGACAAGUCCACGGGCCAGGUGGUUUCUGAUUUCAAGGCAAACAAGAACGUUCCGGUUGAUCUCCCGUCGGAACCACAGCCAGAGGCUCACCAGGCUCCUCAGGCUCCAAACGCUCCUUCGAUUAAAGACAACGACAAGGAGGAAAAUGCUGCUUUGCAACAGAUCGGGUCGCUGGGCCAGACUGGUAAACAACCAGGAGAUUGUGUUAUUCCUGGUAAACGUGCUAAGGCCACGUUUGUGUCUUUGGCCAGGAACGAGGAGUUGUACGACUUGAUCAAGGCUAUCAGAAACGUUGAAGAUCGGUUCAACAGAAAGUUUCAGUAUGAUUGGGUUUUCCUUAAUGACCAGCCUUUCACUCAGGAGUUUAAGGACUUGACGACUUCUAUUGUCUCGGGCCAGGCCAAGUUUGGACUUAUUCCUGAGGAGCACUGGUCAUAUCCAGAUUGGAUUGAUCAUGAAAAAGCCGCCAAGGCCCGUGCUGAUAUGAAGGCAGCAAAGAUUAUUUAUGGUGAUUCUGAGUCUUACAGACACAUGUGUCGAUUUGAAAGUGGAUUCUUCUGGAGAAAUCCAUUGUUGGACGAGUAUGACUGGUACUGGCGUGUGGAGCCAGGUAUCCAGGUGCACUGUGAUUUGAACUACGAUUUGUUCAGAUACAUGGAAGACAACGAUAAGGUUUACGGAUUCACGAUUUCCAUUCAUGAGUUUGAAAAGACAAUUCCUACGUUAUGGAAGCACACCAAGGACUUCAUUGACUUGCACCCAGAGUACCUUGCCAAGGACAACUUCAUGGACUUUAUCAGUAACGACAAGGGCAAAACAUACAACUUGUGUCACUUCUGGUCGAACUUUGAAGUGGCGUCGUUGAAGUUCUGGAGGUCGCAAGCGUACAGAGACUACUUUGAUUAUCUUGAUAAGACGGGCGGGUUCUUUUACGAAAGAUGGGGCGAUGCGCCAAUUCAUUCGAUCGCCGCAGCCCUCUUUUUGCCCAAGGAUAAGAUCCAUUACUUCGAGGAUGUCGGAUACAACCAUGGCGUUUAUACGCAAUGCCCAUUGAAUCCACAGUUCCGAUUCGAGCACCGGUGCGAUUGCAACCCACAAAAGGACUUUACAUUUAGAGGGUACAGUUGUGGAAAGAAAUACUACGAGGCGAUGAAUCUCGAGAAGCCCAAGGAAUGGGUUGAUUACCAGUGA